UUAUUCUUAGCGAGUUUGCUAAACCCACGAACCACGCUGCUACGCACUCAACGUUCAGGGAAACCACGCACGACGUUAACCUUCUCAUCACCGACUACGUUUACCACACCCACUGCUGUUUUAGUCGACGGCGGCGAACCUCGCCUACGAGAGAGCGGAGAAAUUUUUGUAAAAGCAACACGAGCCCUUUUUGUAUUGUGGUUGGACAGGUUGCAGUCAUGGUGCUAGAAAAUGGUAAGAGGAAGAAUCCAAACAUUCUGGUGACUGGAACACCGGGGACUGGAAAGACAACCAUGUGCACUACUCUAGCGGAAGCCACCCAACUCUGCCACAUCAAUAUUGGAGAAUUAGUCAAAGAAAAGAACUUACAUGAUGGUUGGGAUGAUGAGCUUGAUUGUUACGUUCUUAAUGAAGACUUGGUCUGUGAUGAACUUGAGGAUGUAAUGGAAGAAGGCGGAAACAUUGUGGAUUACCAUGGCUGUGAUUUCUUUCCUGAGCGAUGGUUUGAUUGUGUAGUUGUACUUCAAACUGAUAAUACCAUUUUGUAUGACCGUUUGAGUAGGAGGGGGUACAAAGAUUCAAAGCUUUCAAACAACAUUGAAUGUGAAAUCUUCCAAGUUCUGCUGGAGGAGGCUAAAGAUAGUUACUCGGAGGAGAAAGUGAUUGCAUUGAAGAGUGAUAAUAUCGAUGACAUUAGUAGAAAUGUUGCAACUCUGACAGAUUGGGUCAGAAAUUGGUCUUUACCCUCACAAUCUUAACAAAAUUAUAGUAGUUUGUAUAUAGCCUUUUUGCAUGAUGAACUGCUACCGGUAGCAGAUCUGCAGUGUGGUUAAAUUUUCUUACAAAUUUUGGUAUGGCGUGUAUCCAAGGCAUUUAAGUUAUGGGUUUUAAAUUUGACAAUUGAAAGGAUAAUUUUGCUGA